GAGAGAACCCCUCUCAAAACCCUAGAACACUAGGCACCGCCCGCCGCCACGCGCAAGACAGCAGAGAAGGAGGACGAAUCCAAGCCUCCGCCAUGCCGAAAUCCAAGCGCAAUCGCGCAGUUACCUUGUCAAAGACCAAGAAGAAGCCAGGUCUAGAGCGUAAGGGCAAGGUGGUCACGGAAAUCAAAGACGCCAUCGAGCGCCACAGCAGCGCCUAUGUCUUCACCUACAAUAACAUGAGGAAUCAGAAGCUCAAGGACUUAAGGGACCAACUGAAGUCCUCUAGCAGGAUAUUUCUUGCUGGAAAGAAGGUUAUGCAGAUCGCAUUGGGGCGUUCACCUGCUGAUGAAGCAAAAACAGGCCUGCAUAAACUUUCCAAGUACCUUCAAGGUAAUACUGGAUUGUUAUUCACGAAUCUCCCAAGGGAUGAUGUUGAGAGAUUAUUUCGAGAAUUCGAAGGGCUUGAUUUUGCAAGGACAGGAAGUAUUGCCACCGAAACGGUGGAGCUAAAGGAAGGUCCUCUGGAAAAGUUUUCCCAUGAAAUGGAACCCUUUAUACGCAAACAAGGACUGCCAGUUCGUCUAAACAAAGGUGUUGUUGAAUUAAUUGCUGACCAUGUAGUAUGUGAAGAAGGGAAGCCCCUUUCACCAGAAGCAGCACACACUCUGCGUUUGCUUGGGGUGCAGAUGGCAACAUUCCGACUGUACCUUGUCUGCCGCUGGUCUUCGGAUGACUUUGAAGUGUACAAGGAAGGCUUGGCUCAGCUGACAGCUGGUGAUGCUGAUGAAUCAUCUUAAGGUUGUGGAUGGCAAUGCUGAGUUUAUGGUGGCACUAUUGUUGUCUUGCUGUGUUAAGACAGUUUUCUGAUAUGCCUUUGUACCCUUGGAAUCUCAAAUAUAUGAUCUGCCCCAGUUGUGCAUUUCGUUUGGUCCUAAUAUUCGUAUGAGCUAUUAGCAGUAAAAUUUGACAGGCAAUGUAAGAGUUAUUUUUCCUGAGAAAAAUAGAGGAGGAUGUCAGCAGAAUUUUUUU